AUGCACUUCUCGAUCGCCAUCCGAUUCCUCGCCCUCACCUCCACUCUCGCCGUUGCGGCUCCCAUCCCACAGGGUGCUGGCGUUGGUGCUGGCUGUGAUGCCAUUCUGACCGACGGUGAUACUGGCUCUGGCCUCCUUGUCAAGGAAGCCGGUCAAAACGCCGCCUCACUCCUCAAAUCCGCUGGAGCUAAGCGACAAGGAGCAGGCGUCGGAGAUGGCUGCAAUGCCAUCUUGACCGAUGGCGAUACUGGUUCUGGCUUAGCAGUCAAAGAGGCUGGGCAGAACGUUGCAUCCCUCCUCAAGUCUGCUGGAGUAAAGCGCCAAGGUGACAAAGCCGGUGCUGGGACGGCCGCCAUCAUCGGUUUGAUCAGUCCCGACGCUGCGGCGUACCAAGAAGGCUUGACUGAUGUUAUCGAUGGUGACGGUACGAGUGACAGUGCUGUUAUUGGUCAGCAGGUUGGUGUUAUUGAGGCUCAGGCCGGGUCUGGUGCAGGCAAUUUGGUGCCGUCGAAAGUUCCUGCAGGUGCAAAACGCCAAGUUGAUAAAGCUGGUGCUGGAACGGCAGCCAUUAUCAGCUUGGUCAGUCCAGACGCUGCGGCGUACCAAGAAGGCUUGACUGAUGUUAUCGAUGGUGAUGGAACGAGUGAUAGCGCAGUCAUUGGCCAACAGAUCGGGGUGAUUGAGGCCCAGGCUGGUAGUGGUGCAGGGAACUUGGUUCCUUCCAAACUUCCUACAACACCCAAGACAGCUUGA